AUGUUUUCCGGUAGUAAGCGGUCGUACAUUACGGACACGUUUUGGGCAAACUUUGCUGAGAAUCACCCAAAACUUCAAAACCUAUUCAUCACUCACACCGAUAUAACGGACAGUCAAUUGAAUUCAUUGUCUAAACUUAAAUAUAUACGACACGUUAGGCUGGACUGGACGGGACAGGGAGUGGACUACAAACAGUCAACUCUCGAUCGACUCGAAAAGUGUCCCAAUAUUAGGACAAUAAUCGGAGUGCCAACAGUGCCCAGGCUAGCACCGGUAGGUGUGAGACGACAACAGCACAGCGAUUUGAUUGGUUGGUCAGCGGGUAAUCACGUGGACACAAGUAUACAUAGCACCGGUAGUACAGCAGCGCCGCGAUUUGAACGGCUAAUCACCGGAUCCAUUGGACACAUAGACACACAUCCCUGCGCUGAGCACCUGUAG